AUGUCACAACCACAAUACAACCUCACAGUCCUCAUAUCCGGCAAUGGCUCAAACCUACAAGCCCUCAUCGACGCCUGCGCUUCUUCCGCGCUCUCUAACACGCGCAUCACGCAUGUAAUGUCCAACCGCAAAGCAGCCUACGGCCUCGAGCGCGCUGCGAAAGCCUCAAUACCCACAACAUACCAUAACCUCCUCUCCUACAAGAAGAAGCAUCCCCAAACCGAAGAAGGCACCGCAGCCGCCCGCACAGAGUACGAUGCCGAUCUCGCGAAGCUGAUACUAGCGCUCGAUCCACAACCUGAUGUUAUCGUCUGCGCGGGCUGGAUGCACAUUCUCACGCCCGAGUUUCUGAAUCCGGUCGCGAAUGCGGGAAUCAAGGUCAUAAAUCUGCAUCCUGCGUUACCUGGCGAAUUUUCGGGGGCCGGUGCGAUAGAGAGGGCGUGGGAAGCCGGGAGGAAAGAGGGUUUGAAGAGGACGGGCGUUAUGAUUCAUGAGGUUAUUGCGGAGGUGGAUGCCGGAGAUGCGAUUGUCACGCAGGAGGUGGAAUUGAAGGAAGGGGAGACACUGGACGAAUUGGAGGAGAGGAUACAUAAGGUGGAGCACGGGCUCAUCGUUGAGGGUACGAGGAGGACGUUGGAAAAGAUCAAGAAAUGA